AGCCGGUGGGACUAAUUAUUGCAACACGUCAAAACAACCGCGGAAACUCCGGUGAACCGGUCGGCCUUUCGGGGCUCGGUCGGUUAAAAGAUGAAAGGCUGGUACAAAGGGAGCCCCAUGGAUUAUAUGAUGUGGGGCAUGCCGAUGAUGGGCCCUAUGCCCAUGAUGGGUCCGAUGAUGGAUUUCGGCAAAGGCUGGGAUUGGGGCAAAGGCUACGGCAAGGGCGCCUUUGGAGCUCCCAAGGAGGCCAAGGGCCUAGUCCGCGCCGUGGUCUCGGCCCAGGUGGUGCCUGGAGGCAAGUGGAACAACGACGACAAUACGCUUUUCGUGGGUGGAUUGCCCCCAGACACCACAAGCCUUGAGAUGUACCAGAUUUUCUCCGCCUUUGGACCCAUUGCCCCUCGAGGGGCAACUGCUCUGGUGGACAAGGACAGCGGCAAAUGCACGGGCAUCGGCUUCAUUAAUUACAUGAACUCGGAGGCAGCCGAGAAGGCAAUCAGGGCGUUGAAUAGCUGGCCCUUUGAAGACGGUACCCGGCUGACGGUGAAGAAGAAAGGCCCACCACGAGACAAAGGCGAAGGGAAAGGAGAUCGUGGAAAAGGUGAUAGAGACAGAGAUAGAUCAUGAUCAGACUUCGAUCAAUUAUUCAUUAAAGACUAAAGGCUUUGCGCGUCAGAGCCUAAGGGGCCUCGAUAUUGGAUGAGACGUGCAACACGCGCAUUUUGCGCAGUGAAAA